AUCGAAUUCGCUAUAGACCUGCCCACCCACCACACUUAUAAAGCCGCGAUCAAGAUCAGUAAGGGUGCAGUGCAGUUUGUAAUUGUGUUGGGAUACAAUGAAUACAUUCACACUAAUUGGACUUUUGGCUUUAUUCUCGCCCUCCUUAUGCCAAUACGGCGGAGGCGGAGAAGGCCAAUACCAAGACCAGUACAAUUACAACAGAGCACCGCCACCACAAAUCCUCAGUCACAAACAAGCACUAAACCAUGACGGUAACUUCAAGUACCUCUUCACUUCAGAAAACGGCCUUGCUCAAGGAGAAAGCAUAGCUCCUGAUGGUUCCCGAAACGGAGGUUACUCGUACGUAGAUCCCACCGGAAGGAAAAUCUCUGUCAAAUACACAGCGGGCAAAGAAGGAUUCAAGAUUUUAGAAGCCGAUCACUUGCCAAAAGCUCCACAACCGCUGGCUCCGGUUCCCGGAGCAGGACUUCCAAUUCAAGCAGCGCCACAAGGGCUUGGAAGUUAUGGAAAGCAAGAUGAUGGGCAGUACAGGCCCGAACUGUACCAAAGGCCCCAGCCCUAUGUGGCUGCUGGUGCCUACGCUCAAAACAGACCCUACCAACCAGCCGCGGCACCCAUUUCCAAUGCCAUCAGCAGUGGAGUGAAAGAGCCGGAAUAUAACGAUGAACCGGGGAAACCAUACAGUUUCGGUAAUGGGUAUGUAUUUGAAUUUGGAGGGUAGGUUCAAUUGUUGAACUUUAGUAAUGUCGCUACCUUGUACUGAAAUACUUGUUUUCUCUUUAGUUUCUUAAGUUCUAGGUGUUGUUUUGUAUUUGUAUUUUUUAUAUGUAAAAUUGUGUAAAUAUGUGCAUGUGAUACAAGUAUCUUGUUAUUCUUUACACUCUGCUCUGUUGUAUCGGUUUAGAUGUCUUCUCUGUUCCUAUACUCUCAAUAAAAGAACUUUUCCAUAAAA